GUAGGUUCUCUGUUGAUGGGCAGUGUCCCCGUCCGCGUUCCCGCGUUUUUCCCGCCCUUCGCGAACGUCUGCGAAUCAUUACUCGUUCGUCCUCGUCGUUCUUCUCGUGGCUGCUGCAGUUUUUCCUCGCUGCGUUCGAGAGUCGUCAAUUACUCGUUUCGUGCUCCACCCUCUUUGUUGGCUCCUCCCCACAGCACAAUGGCAGCCGUCGCGACUUCCGCUCUUCCCGAGGCUCAGAAGCAAGAGCUUCUCUGCACCUAUGCAGCUCUCAUUCUCAGCGAUGACAAGAUGGAUGUGACCGCAGAAAACAUCCAGAAGCUUGUCGUGGCGUCGGGCAACACUGUCGAGCCGUACAUGCCUACGCUGUUCGCCAGAGCCCUGCAGGGCCAGAACAUCGCGGACCUGAUCAGCAAUGCCGGUGCGUGCGCCGCUGCUGCUCCCGCUGCUGCUGCUCCCGUUGCUGGCGGCGAUGCCGGCGCUGCCCCCGCAAAGGAAGAGAAGAAGGAAGAGCCUGAGGAGGAAGAAGACGACAUGGGUUUCUCUCUCUUCGACUAGAGAUCCUCGUGAAAAUCUGUUAAAAGAGACACUGACGUGUUGCUCUUGUGCCUUAUGGCACGAUCUCGUUUUUGCUGUGGCUGCGCUCUGCGUCUUGCGAUUCAUGUCUAGUGAAGAAAACGCGAGAGAACAGAGAGAGGUAUUUCCUGCCUUUUAAGGAAACUGAGGACACA